AUGGUUAUCCAUCGCUGGGACCUGUCUCGAGCCUCGCUCAACGAAGACAUCGGCCGCGCCGCUAGUAAACACUCUUUUAAAAUUAACACCUUGUCCUCAAAGAAAAGCAAAAUCCCGAGUUCACAGGACACCCGAGUCGAUGAGAAAGGUUCGUUGAAGUUUGUUCAGCGAAUAUUUAGCAGGUGUAAAGGGAGUGAUUCUCUGGCGUUUAAGGUAAUAUCGAAGAGUAGUGGGCGACAGACCCCGGUGGCGCGCCCGGCAAACAUGAACCACACGCCUGGCCCCGACAGGCCGCAGCAAGAGUCUAAUGUAAAUCAAGUCGAGGAGAUGGAGACUCAAGAAGUGGAGACUGUUGACACAGCUACUGAAAAGAUCUGGGAUGAAGAAUUUAUUAAAGAGUCUAAUGGUGAGGUUGUAAUGGAGGAAGUUAUGAAGAAUCAGGAGACUACAUCUUCUGAUAUGCGGCUUGCAUGUCUUGAUUCUGAAAUGGAGGAUGAUGAGGCAAGAUCAGAAGCAACCUUCCGUUUCACAGUACCAAAUUUUAGAAGCCUUAAGGAUUCUAUGCUUUCUGAACCAUGCUAUGUACGCAAUCUACCAUGGAAGAUUAUGGUGAUGCCUCGCCAAGCACCUUCCCCAGAUCGCCAACAGCAGAAAUCAUUAGGUUUCUUCCUUCAAUGUAAUGGAGAGAGUGAAUCAUCAAGCUGGUCAUGCUAUGCCAUGGCCGAACUGAGACUUCUAUCUCAGAAGCCAGAUACAGAGCCUUUCUAUAGAAAAAUUCAACAUUUGUUUUACAGUAAGGAAAAUGAUUGGGGAUUCUCUCACUUCAUGUCAUGGAAUGAUGUAUUAGAUCCUGAAAAAGGUUAUAUCAAAGAUGAUUCUAUUACUCUUGAGGUCCAUGUCACAGCUGAAGCACCUCAUGGAGUCUCCUGGGAUUCUAAGAAACAUACAGGAUAUGUAGGUCUUAAAAAUCAGGGAGCAACAUGUUACAUGAAUUCAUUGCUACAAACCCUUUAUUUCACAAAUCAAUUACGUAAGGCUGUAUAUAAAAUGCCCACAGAGUCUGAUGAUAGUACAAGAUCGGUUGCUUUGGCAUUGCAAAGAGUGUUUUAUGAAUUGCAAUUUUCUGAUAAGCCUGUUGGAACAAAGAAGUUGACAAAAAGUUUUGGUUGGGAAACACUUGAUUCAUUCAUGCAACAUGAUGUGCAGGAAUUUUUGCGGGUUCUCUUAGAUAAGCUAGAGAGUAAAAUGAAGGGCACAUGUGUGGAGGGAACAGUACCACGUUUGUUUGAGGGCAAAAUGACUUCUUACAUUAAGUGCAAGAAUGUUAAUGUAUCAAGUACACGAGUGGAAACAUUCUAUGAUAUACAGCUGAAUAUAAAGGGAAAGAAAAAUAUUGAUGAAUCCUUUAAAGAUUAUAUUCGCACCGAGACAUUGGAUGGUGAAAACAAGUAUGAUGCUGGGGAACAUGGAUUACAAGAAGCUGAGAAAGGAGUGAUUUUUGCUUCCUUUCCACCUGUAUUGCAUUUACACCUGAUGAGAUUCCAGUAUGAUCCAAUAACUGACAGUUCCGUAAAAUUUAAUGACAGGUUUGAAUUUUACGAGCACAUAAAUUUGGACGCCUAUUUGCAAGAGAAACCAGAGACUCCAGCGGACUACACGCUACACGCGGUUCUUGUGCACUCUGGUGACAACCAUGGCGGGCAUUAUGUUGUAUUCAUUAAUCCGAAGGGAGAUGGAAAGUGGUGCAAGUUCGACGACGAUGUGGUGUCGCGUUGCACGAAACAGGAGGCCAUCGAGUAUAACUACGGCGGUCACGACGAAGACAUGACUCUAACUGUUCGCCAUUGCACCAACGCGUACAUGUUGGUCUAUAUAAGGGAUUCGCAGUUGAAGACUGUAUUGCAAGAAGUUACUCAAGCUGACAUACCCACAGAGCUUAGUGAAAGGUUGGCAGAAGAAAAGAGAAUUGAAACUAUUCGCCGCAAGGAGCGCAACGAGGCGCACCUUUACAUGAACGUGAACGUGGUGCUGGAGGAGGCGUUCGACGGGCACCAGGGCAAUGACCUCUACGACCCAGAGCGGGCACAUUACCGCGUGUUCCGCGUCCGCAAGCAGGCCACCGUCUCUGAGCUCAUGGACAUGCUGGCCGAGAGCUUCAAGUACCCGCUGAGGCAUAUACGCCCGUGGCCGUUCAGCGCGCGUUCCAAUCAGACUUGCAGACCGACUUGUCUGGACAUAUUCAACGAUCACUCGAAGACGGUCGCCGACGUCUCGGAGAACAUGAACCCAUGGAACAUAUUCCUCGAGAUGUUGCCCCCUGACUCCGGCUUCAGUACACUGCCGCCCUUCGACAAAGAGAACGACGUCGUGCUCUUCUUCAAGUACUACGACCCCAAACAGAAGCGCAUCCACUACUGCGGCCACCAUUACUUGCCGAUCGCGAGCAAACCAGCCGACCUCAUACCAAUACUCAAUAAACGUGCAGGUUUUCCACCUGACACCCCACUUGUGCUUUAUGAAGAAAUCAAGCCCGACUUUGUGGAAAAGAUAAGCAAUUAUAAUGAUCCUCUUGAAAAGGUAUUGGACGAACUGAUGGACGGCGACAUCAUCGUGUUCGAGCGGGCCGACCACCGGCACGACGAGCUCGAGCUGCCCACCUGCCAGGACUACUUCAAGUACAUAUUCUACAAGGUCGAGGUGCAGUUCAUCGACAAGACGGUGCCCAACGACCCCGGAUUCACCAUGGAGUUGUCAAUGCAAAUGCGUUAUGAUCAAAUGGCCCGGGCGGUUGGGCAGCGACUUAAUGUCGACCCAUACUUAAUACAGUUCUUCAAAUGUCAAAAUUAUAAAGAUACUCCUGGACCUCCGCUGAGAUAUUCAUACGACGGAAUACUUAAGGAUUUGUUAGUGUACUGUAAACCAAAGUGCCCUAAGAAAUUGUUCUAUCAGAUUUUAUCAAUUAAAGUUAAUGAGUUGGACAAUAAGAAGCAAUUUAAAUGUUUAUGGGUCGGUCCCAAUUACAAGGAAGACAAAGAAUUAAUUUUAUACCCGAACAAGGGUGGUAAGGUGGCAGAUAUUUUAGAAGAGGCAGCUAAGGUGGUUGAAAUGUCACCAGAUGGAUCUGGCAGACUAAGGAUUGUUGAGGUGUCAUGUCACAAAGUUUUACCGGGUCCGGAUCCUGAGCUGACAUUGGACCAGGUUACUAUAGCACCGCCAAGACUAUACAGAAUAGAGGAGAUACCUAAGGACGAGUUGAAUCUUCAGGAGGACGAGGCUCUGGUUCCAUGCGCGCACUUUCACAAGCAGGUGUAUGCAACCUUCGGGAUUCCGUUCUAUACGCGCGUCAAGCACUUGGAGCCCUUCCAGGCCGUCAAGGACCGCCUGCAAAAGAAGCUCGACAUACCCGACAAGGAGUGGGAAAAGUACAAUUUCGCCAUAGUGACGAACGGCAGGCCGAUAUACAUAAGCGAAGGGGUCACGAUCAACAUAUUCGACUUCAGGCCCAGCACCAACGCAAACGCGACGGGCCGGCCUUGGCUGGGGCUGGAGCACAUCAACAAGACGCCGAAGCGCUCCCGCAUGAACUACCUGGAGAAGGCGAUCAAGAUAUACAAC